UGCAAUGCGGAAAAGGGCCCUGUGCAAUCAGUGUGCAAUGCAUUAGCCUUGGUAGGCUAUAAAAGCACAGACACGAAGGGCAUCAAAUAAAACAAAGCGAAAAGGUCGAAAUUGAUGGUAUAUGCCAUGUUUUAAACAGUCGUAUUUAUCGUCAGUGAGUAUAAUGAUUGCUAAAAUGAGUUGUUUGUCUGAUUUGAACAAUCGUGACAGCGUGCGUUCACACAGCCUACUGUUGUUUUGCUCCUGUCCCGAUGUUGUUUUUGCACAGUAGUACUAGUAGCUACAGCCAGACUACCUGUCAUAGUAUUUGAUCUUACCCUGACACAUCUACCCUAUCUCUUGUUCAUUAGUUUGCCUUUGGCCCUAAAAAUGACAUUAUUUUGAUGCCAAUAAAAAAUGAUAUGGUAUCUGAAAAUGUUACAGGAUUGCAUCCAUAACGACAGGUUAUGUGUUUGCUGUGUAUACGCUACGCAUGUCAACCCACAGAGAAGAUAACACACCAUCAACGUAGAAGGAAUACUUGAUGAGGUGCCUGUACAAGUCUAGGCACAACCUCUUGCCUAUUUAUCAAAAUUGAUCUCCAAAAUUCAGUUCUUUUCCAUUCUCACAGACCACUGUGAAAGAUUAACGAGUUGGGUGUGGUUGUUUUCGUUGCCUAGUUGCAAGCUUCCUGUCUGCAGGCCCCUGUCCUCCUUUGAAGAUGAGCAGCUCUUUGUCACUACAGUCACUGCGCCGCCCCCAGUGUUUCACUGUGAAGCACUUAAACAUAUUGUAUAGGCCAGCGAUGAGUGACAGACAUAGCUGUCCUGUGAAACCGAUUCAAUCACAUCAGAGCUGCUGAUUAGCACACAAGUGCCCUGAGGACUAGGACCAGUCUAACAACUCUAGAAUAAUUCCUAGUUGUGCAAGGUUGAGAUAUUCAAAUGUGAUCAUAGACCCUAGCGCUAGCACAGGCUGUUAGUAUUGUCAUUGCUUACAUGUAAAAUAAUGUAAAGUAUUGUAGUCUGUAGUACUCAGUACUAAUGGCAUGCAUGGUUUUAGGAUCUGAUUAGGGAGCCCCAAAUAUGUUUUCUGAUUCAUUGUAAUCUUUUAUGGUGAGCCAUCACUGACAGUGUGCAUUUUGAGAAUACAAAGUGGAUUGUAUACAGUAUUUUCUCUGGAGUUUUAGCAACAUUAACAACUAAUUUCCAUUCUAGAAUGUUUGUGUUUUAAUGCAAGGCACCUGGUACAUGCGAAGGUGUGGCCAUGGAUGAGACUAUGGAGUUUCCCGUCAGUCCAGAGUGAAAGCAGUUGGCCAUGACCCCCCAGGCCCAUAACACACAGGGGGCUCCUGGGAGCGGAGGAAGAAUGCUCCUUCCUAAUGUAGACCCCAGGAAGAAGCACUACCUGUGUGGCUCCUGUGCUGCUUUCACCAACAUCGUGGUCACCUUCCCCAUACACAAGGUGUUGUUCCGCCAGCAGCUAUUCGGGGUGGGUGUGAUGGAGGCAGUGCGUCAGCUCCAGCAGGAUGGCGUCAGGACCCUCUACAGAGGGCUCCUGCCCCCCCUUCUUCAGAAGACCACAACCGUGGCCAUCAUGUUUGGAGUGUAUGAGGACUUCUCCCGUUUGCUGCCUCAACACACGGGGGCGCCAGAGCUCCUCACUCGGAGUGUUGCCGCUAUCCUAGCAGGCACUGCCGAGGCCGCCCUCACACCAUUCGAGCGUGUCCAGACCCUACUCCAGGACCCCCGGCACCACGCCCGCUUUCAGAACACGGUCCACACCUUCCGGAUGCUCCUGCAAGAGCAUGGCGUGCGCGAGUGCUACCGUGGCCUUGUCCCCAUCCUGCUCCGCAACGGCCCAAGUAACGCCCUGUUCUUUGCACUACGCGGCCCCCUCAAGGACCUCCUCCCCCAGGCUGACUCCCACGCCGCACACCUUCUCAGCGACUUUGUCUGUGGGGGUCUGCUGGGGGCCUUCCUGGGAGUCCUUUUUUACCCCCUCAACGUGGUCAAAUCCCGUGCCCAGGCGCAGAUCGGGGGCCACUUUCAAUCCGGAAGGGAGGUGCUGGCGGCCAUUUUGAAGGAGCGGGACGGGCGGGUGGUGCUGCUGUUCCGCGGUGUGCACCUGAACUACCACCGCUCCGUGCUGUCCUGGGGCAUCAUCAACGCCACAUAUGAACUGCUGCUCAAGGUGCUCUAACUGCCUAACAGCACGCCUUGCAAAAUCCUAAUAAUACUACAAUUAGUUUCUAGUAUUACUUAUUUUGAUUGCUGUUCAAAUUAAUGAUGCCACCUAUCAAAGCACACUGGCAUGGCGAGAGGUGGUAUGAGUAGAGAAGUAUGACCCCCCAACCCUAACCCCCCUCCACACACACACACACACACACCCCCACACCCACACGAUGGUAGUCUUCAGACUGGGGGGAGAUACAUAAUGUCCUUUUGUUACCCAUAUAUGAAUAUAUCAUUUGGACUGAACCAUUGAGCCAACCUCAAUUUGGUGAAAAAUAACAUAGUAACAAUGAUGAUAGUGGACAGUUUUCUACUGCAGGUGUGUGUGUCAGACUGAACUGUUAUUUAUUUAAAUUUGAAUGUGUCUGGAAUCUGCCAAAGAAUAAUUCAGGGCCCACUUAAAUGACAUGAGAACCCCACCGUUAUUUCUUUAUUCCAGAUUACUUCAGCAUAUGACAACAUUUAACAUAAUUCAAAGAUAUUUAUCUUACAUCUCGCGCAAUAUCAUUACAUGCGCUAACAUAGUUCUCUGACUUGGCAGUUUUUCAAAUGUAUACAGAACAAAACGACUUGUUGGUCUGUUCACACUGUUCAAAAGAUUUACGCUAAAUGCAUAAUCUGCAUUUCGGCAGAUUAUCUGCUUGGUUUUACAACACUAGAGUUAAAAUUAAAAAAAUUGCUAUGAAAUAGACAAAUGGCAAGUAUCUCAAAGUGUAUAUGUAUUUAUUUAUGUAUUUAUUUAUCAUCACUAUUGACACUUGAUCUUCAGGACCAAAGGUGGAAGAUAUUGACAAUGUUAUAAUGGGAUAGGGAUGUUUUGUACACCUUAUUGUGUUGGUCUCCUGUGGCAACAAUUGUAAUGUCUUGUCAAUUUUGGCUGUGCGCUGUCUUGAAUAAGCACUUAUCUCUGUCUAUAUAAUCAGAGUGGAUGUUAGGUUCUUUGCAUGUUGUGUUUAUUUGGUACAUGUCAAAUUUGAGCUUGUCAUAAUAAUAUGGCUAGUAUAAUUUUACAGUAUUCAACUUUGAUGCGAAAAGAUAGUCUUUUAUCAAAAUACUUAUGCCAUGUACGUAUACCCAAGUGAGUUACAUAAGUCUGUCAUGUUAUUGAAAUGUUUAUUAGUUUAAGCGCAAAAACUGCCUUCAAUUUGUGCCUUGCUUUUUUGCAGACACAUAUCAUCCCAGUACAGUGGUUGGUGUGUUUUACGUGUAGAUUAACAUGUUUGUUGUUAUAAGUGUGAUAAUAUAAAGGAUUGUUGUCUGUGUACAAUAGACUAGGUUCCUUCCUGCUGCAGUGUAUUUAAAUGUAACAUUUAUGGAUUUCAUUGUAUCUUGCUUCUGUGACAACACAACGCAAAUAUCUAUCCUGUCAACUGCCUUCUUGAAUAGUCGGUGUAUAGCACAAACACUGCUACCUAGUGGCCAUGGAAGUUCUUCCAAAAAAACUGUGUUGAGCUGCAUACCGUACAUACUGGUUUACUAAUGUUGAAAUAAAUAGUUGCCUUUGGGCCAUGUCAUAAUGCUACAAUACUGUCUGACCACUGCAAAAUGCUAAU